AAAUAUUUAGUACGUAAAUUUGCUAUCUGUGGCACUAUAAUCUUGUGGUAGUACAUACUUUUUGAUGGAAACUGUUAUAUUUACGAUUGAACAGUCAGUGAGCUACUGAUAAAAUGGACAUUUAAAGUAGAUAAAUUGAGACAAAAAAUAAUUAGAGCUUUAAAUUGCGUAAAAAGUUUUCAGUAAAAUUUUUUAUAAUAUUUAUUUGUUAUUUUAUGCUCAACAAACGAUAAAAAACAUCUAUAUAUAUAUAGUAUAAAACAUUUAUAAUACAUUCAACAGCUUAAAAAAUGUCGAAAAUAUUUACUCCAACGAAUCAAAUAAGGUUGACAAAUGUUGCUGUAGUUCGUAUGAAAAAAGGAGGCAAAAGAUUUGAGAUUGCUUGUUACAGAAAUAAAGUUGUAUCCUGGAGAAAUAAUCUAGAAAAAGACAUUGAUGAAGUACUGCAAACUCAUACGGUAUUUAUUAAUGUUUCAAAAGGACAAGUAGCAAAAAAAGAAGAUUUAAUAGCAGCAUUUGGCAAUGAUAAUCAAACAGAAAUAUGCAAAGAAAUUCUUGCCAAAGGAGAACUCCAAGUUUCUGAUAAAGAAAGGCAUUCAGCAUUAGAUUCUAUGUUCAAAGACAUUGCAACGAUUGUCUCAGAAAAAUGUGUUAACCCAGAGAGUAAAAGACCUUAUCCAGUAUCUAUGAUCGAAAAAGCUAUGAAAGAUAUUCAUUUUUCAGUUAAACCAAACAGAAAUUCCAAACAACAAGCUUUGGAAAUUAUUCCACAAUUGAAAGCAGUUAUUCCUCUUGAAAGAGCACAAAUGAAGAUAAGAAUAGUCUAUAGUAAUAAAACGGCAAAAAAAUUGAAAGAAAAAAUAGUCAAGCUUGUAACGAAAAUAGAGAAUGAAUGUUGGGAUGGUGGAAAUUUAGGUUCAAUUGAUUGCUUGAUUGAUCCUGGAAAAUACAGAGAAAUUGAUGAAUUAAUAAGAGCUGAAACAAGAGGCCAAGGAAUGGUUGAACUUAUGAGUCUAAAGGAAAUAACAGAAGGAGAAGAAGUACUUGAAUAAAUAUUCAAUCUUAUGAACAAAUUGUAUCAAUCUGAAAUAAAUAAUAAUAAAUAUUUUACAUUAUUACCAGAA